CCCCCGCCUGUCCAGGGGCGGCACUGCGGGCUGGGAAGCCGGGACCAGAGGAGGGAAGGAAGGGAGGAAGGAAGGGAAGAAGGAAGGAAGGAAGGAAGGACGGAAGGAAGAGGAGCGAAGAGAGAAGAGGGAGGGAAGGAAGCCGAAGAGGAUCCGGAGGAGCCGAGGAGGAAGCGCCGGAGGCAGGAGGCCAGAGGACGGCGCUCGCUCGGGCGGCAGCUCCCGAGGCCAGCGUGGGGAUCCGGCCGCCUGCAGCGCUGCUGGAUGGUGACGGGGCCUCGCCGCGGCCGCAGCCCCCCCACGCCCCGGCUCCGCAGGCCCGCAGCGCCGGAGUCCCGCAGAAACCAUGCCCAGGUCCUUCCUGGUCAAGAAGGUCAAACUUGACACGUUCUCCUCGGCGGACCUCGAGAGCUCCUACGGGCGCGCCCGCGGCGACCUCGGCGCACGGCUGCAGGAGAAAGGAUACCUCAGCGACUACGCGGGGCCCACCUCCGUCUACGAUGGCGAUGCCGAGGCGGCCUUGCUCAAAGGGCCAUCCCCGGAACCCAUGUACGCGGCGGCCGUGCGGGGAGAGCUGGGCCCGGCGGCCGCGGGCUCGGCGCCCCCGCCCACACCGCGCCCGGAGCUGGCCACGGCCGCGGGCGGCUACAUCAACGGCGACGCGGCGGUCAGCGAGGGCUAUGCGGCCGACACCUUCUUCAUCACCGACGGGCGUUCGCGCCGCAAGGCCGCCCACGCCAGCGCCGCCGCCCCCUCCACGGCCUCGGCUCUGGCCUCCGACGGCGACGGAGGAGGCGGGGCCGCGGCUGGGUCCCGCGCGACGGGGUCCGGGUCGGGGGCCCGGGGAGGCAGCGCGCGUGCGGGGGCUGGCCCCGAGGCGCGCGCAGGGCCGGGGGCCGGCGCCGGCAGCUCAGGGGGCCGGCACGCCUGCGGCGAGUGCGGCAAAACGUACGCCACGUCCUCGAACCUGAGUCGCCACAAGCAGACGCACCGCAGCCUGGACAGCCAGCUGGCGCGGCGCUGCCCGACGUGCGGCAAGGUGUACGUGUCCAUGCCGGCCAUGGCCAUGCACCUGCUCACGCACGACCUGCGCCACAAGUGCGGCGUGUGCGGCAAGGCCUUCUCGCGGCCCUGGCUGCUGCAGGGCCACAUGCGCUCGCACACCGGCGAGAAGCCCUUCGGCUGCGCGCACUGCGGCAAGGCCUUCGCCGACCGCUCCAACCUGCGCGCGCACAUGCAGACGCACUCGGCCUUCAAGCACUUCCAGUGUAAGCGCUGCAAGAAGAGCUUCGCGCUCAAGUCCUAUCUCAACAAGCACUACGAGUCGGCCUGCUUCAAGGGCGGCCCCGGCGGCGGCGGCCCCGCGGCCCCGGCGCCGGCCGCGCCGCCGCAGCUCAGCCCCGUGCAGGCUUAGGGCGGCGGCGCCCCCGUCGGCCGGGGUGGCUCUCAGCAAUACGAGCCCCAGAGAAGUCUCCGCCGGCGCUCGGGGGGCGGGGCCGGAGGGCGGGCCCCUCCCACAGCAAUAGGGGGAGGGGGCCCCACCCCGCUCGCCAGGGGCCUGGCCGGCCCCUUCAAGCAAUAGGGUCCCCAGGGGAGACCCACCCCGAGCUCCCUCCCUUCCCCUCCAGGGUGCCCCAGGCUUUUCCCCAGCAAUAGGGUCGAGGAGACCCAGAACCGAACCUCAUCUUAGGUUUCUGAAGACGGGGGCGGGGUGAGGUCGGGAGCGCCCCUCCUCCCUCCUCGGCACCCCGGAUCGCGUCGCAGAGACUCAGGUCUUCCCCACCCCUUCCCGAGCCGUCCGGGGCCAGGCCCGCGGCCUAGACGCCCAGGGAGCCGGUCCCUCCCCAGCAGCAGGCCCAGCAGGAGCAGGAGCUCGGCCCGCGGAAGCUCCCUGCUCCCCAGUCUUCGCUGACCCCCGGGAGUGUUAGGCGCGUGGGGGGCCGGGGAGGGAGGCGGACAGCGGCACCCUUCCCCCUCGGGUUCCUUCUGGGGCCUCAAUCCGAGCCGCUCUCUCACCCUCGCCUCGCAUUCUCUGCCAAAUCAAAUUCUUCCAGCCCAGCUUCCCGGGCUCUGUCCUCCAUAUCGAAUAUAAUGACGCAUAUCGAAUCGCAUGGACUUCUCCGACCUCUCAGCCCCGCCCCCGUCCUGCCCCGGGGUCCCCUCCCUCGCCCCCGGGGUGUCCGCACUGGAGGACGGACUCCCGGGGCCCAGCAGGCAGGCCUGGGCGGCCCCCACACACCUCUCUGUAUUCGCUUUGCGGGUAAAGCCCCCGGGGUGCAGAUGCGUCGGGUUUUCCUUUCUGUAUUUUACGUUUUAUUUAUGAACGGAUUGCACUCGGGUCAGGGAAGGGGCGCUGAGGCGCAUCCUUCCCGCCGACGCCCGGGGCUUGGGGUGUCCAGGGCCACGUUCCCCGGCCACGGGCCCCGCCUCCUGGGAGCCUCAGGCCCCGCCUCUCGGAGGCCGGUCCCGCCCCCGAGCCCCAGACCCUGCCCCACUCGGUUGCCAACUUUUCGCCCGUCUAUGCCAAAGCCUCGGCGGCGACUCCGCCCCAAGGGCCCGCCCCAUUGGCCGCCGCCUUUGUGACGUCACUGCAUGCAGCCCCACCCCUCCUCCCGUCCCUUCCCGGGGCUGCCCGCUCCCUCCUCCUCUUAGUUAGUCCGAAGCCGACUAUAGAGCAAUAAUGCGCACUGCAUGCGAAGCUGCCGCCGCCUCUAGUUACUGAGAAUCAGGUAUCCCCCGCCCUCCUGCCCCAUAGGCCCCUAGAUCAGGGAUGCUGCGCGGGGCCGGACGCGCAGCCUUUCUCCCCCUCCCUGCCCCCACCCCCCACGGCAGAGCCCGGCGGUGUAAUGGUGUCAGGGGGUUCCCCCAGGACCCCUCCUUCAGUUGUUCAUCACCCACUGAGCGGGCAUUGGGUCCCUCCUAUGUGCCAGGCCCAUUGCCGAGUCUGCCAGGGCCUGGGCGACCUGCGGGGGUGGCCUAUUUGUGACGGGGCCCAGCGCCCUGGGGUGUGCCAGGGACAGUGGUAGAGGCGAAGAGAGAGGCCGGAUCCCUAAACCCAAAUCCGCACCCCACCUUCCCACCCCGGGCCAGUGCUCGGCGCAGUCAGUCUCUGCCUCUGACUGGGGCCUGACUCGGGGCAAACACCAGGCCCCGAGGUUGCCCACAUUGACCCCAGGACUUCCAUGCCCUGGCUCUGCUGGCUCUGCCCGUGGGGACAGGGCCCCAGGCCAACCGGAAAGGUGCAGGCUGGUGCCUAGGACUUGGUCAGCCCCAUCCCUGAGGGCCCCAGCCCCGCUGCCGCCCAGCUGCCUUCGCAGGCGCCCACCCGAGGGCCCAGCAGAGCAGGGCCCACAUCCCCAGCCCCUACAUCCCAGGUCGAUGCCCACACAGCUCCCAAGCUGGGGCCUGCCCGCCUGUGCCGGGCACACUCGCAUGCACAUGCACACACAGGCCUCGCCUCCCCCCACGCCUGUCCACCUACCUAGGGAGAAGGCCGGAGGCAGUGGCCGCCAGAGCCUCCUGCUC